AUGUCCAUGCAGGUGAUGUCCCCGAUGAACAAUUUUUUCCCGCAGCCCCAGAUGGGCAACGGUGGCCAGAGGGUGCAGAUGGUUCCUGCGGCUAUGUCACAGCAGCAGAUUCAGAUGAUGUCCAGCGGCAUGCCACAGCAUGGCAACGGCUGCCAAGGCGGAGGCUGCCAGGGCGGCUGCCAGGGCGGCUGCCUGGGCGGUUGCCAGGGCGGCUGCCAGGGCGGCUGCCAGGGCGGCUGCCUGGGCGGCUGCCAGGGGGGCUGCCAGGGCGGCUGCCAAGGAGGCUGCCAAGGAGGCUGCCAGGGAGGCUGCCAGGGCGGCGGCUGCCAGGGCGGCGGCUGCCAGGGCGGCGGCUGCCAGGGCGGCGGCUGCCAAGGCGGCUGCCAGGGCCCCGGCCACCAGCGCGGCGGCUGCCAGGGCGGAUGCCAGGGAGGCUGCCAGGACCAGGCGUCCUCGCUCCAAGGCGGGCGCGGCCCCGAGCACGGCUCCCACCGGGCCUGGCAGGAAGGAGGCUACAGCAGCAGCCAGUUUGGCAGCGGGCCGCCCGCCGGCGGCAGCCAGUACGGCAGCGAGCCUCCCGGCGGCGGCCUCUGCGGCGGCCAACGGGGCAUUCCGCACGGCAAGGCGCGCCGCCUCCCUUCUCUGCCACGGGCAUGCUGCCGCAGGGCGGCGGGUGCGACGCCCAGCUGGCCAUGCAGCAGAUGGCGUACAUGCACAAGGGCUACGGGCACGCCGAGGCCAUGCAGUGAGCCUCCCUUGGCGGCCUUCCUGCGACGUCGCCAGCACAGGCCUUGGCACGGCUGUGCCACCAAGUAG